GGCCCCCAGAAACGCAUCGCUCUUUCAGAUAGAGAUCUCGUGCUUCAUCCAUGGAGGACGCGAGCGGCGAUGUGUGCGCCAUCUGCCUCGGCGGCUUGCUCCGCGGCCAGGCCAACUUCACGGCCGAGUGCUCCCACGCCUUCCACUUCAGCUGCAUCUCCGCCAGCGUCGCGCACGGCAACCACGACUGCCCGCUCUGCAAGGCCCACUGGACCGUCUUGCCGGCCAUUAAUAACCCGCUCCCGGCCACACAACCCGCGCCGUUCCCCUUCCGUCAUCAAACGCCGCCGGCGCGACGAACCGCGUACAACGACGACGACGAGACCUCCGUCCAGGCGCAGGCCGCGGCGGCGGAUUUAAAUACCAACGGAGGGCUGGUCGUCCUCAAGACGCACUGCGAGUGCCCGGCGCUCGCGAGGGGCGCGCCCCGCGACAGCUUCGCGGUGCUCGUGCACGCCAAGGCGCUGUCCGCGGCGGCGGCUGGCGAGUCGGCACGCGCGCCGCUCGAUCUCGUGGCCGUGCUCGACACGAGCGGCAGCAUGACGGGCCGCAAGCUGGAGCUCCUGAAGCAGGCCAUGGGGUUCGUCAUCGACAACAUGGGCUCCGCCGACCGGCUCUCCGUGGUGUCCUUCUCCAGCGACGCGGCACGUCUGAUCCGCCUCGCGCGCAUGUCGGACGCGGGCAAGGCCGCGGCGAAGCGCGCCGUGGGCUCCCUCGUCGCGGGGGGCGGCACCAACAUCGGCGCGGGCCUCCGCGUCGCCGCAGACGUGCUUGCCUGCCGCCGGCACAGGAACGCCGUCGCCGGCAUCAUGCUUCUCUCCGACGGGCAGGACACAUACACCGCGCCGAGGUACAGUAACCACGGCGCUCGUGGCAGAAGUAAUAACUACAUGGGCCUCGUGCCGCCUUCGGUAACGUACACCGGCGCCGGCGACCGUCCUGCGGCGGUACACACGUUCGGUUUCGGCGCGGACCACGACGCGGCGGCGAUGCACACCAUCGCCGAGGCCACGGGCGGCACCUUCUCCUUCGUCGAGAACCAGGCGGUCGUGCAGGACUCGUUCGCGCAGUGCAUCGGCGGCCUCCUCACGGUCGCCGUCCAGGACGCGCGUAUCCAGAUGGCGUGCCUGCACCCUGGCGUGCGCGUCCGGGAGGUCAAGUCCGGCCGUUACGGCAGCCGCGUGGACGAAGACGGCCGUGCAGCGUCCAUCGACGUGGGAGAGCUCUACGCGGACGAGGAGAGGCGGUUCUUGGUGUUCGUGGACGUGCCGAGAACCGAAGAUACAGAUGACGUCACCGAGCUGCUCAAGGUGAGCUGCACUUACCGAGAUGCCGCGACAGGGCAAGCGGCCACAGUCGCCGGAGAAGAAGCUACUGUCCGGAGGCCGGUUGAGGUGAGUGACGCGGAGGUGACCUGCGUGGAGGUCCAGCGGGAGCGCGUCCGCGUGUCGGCGACAGAGGACAUGGCGGCGGCGCGAGAAGCGGCUGAUCGCGGCUCGCACGCCGAGGCCGCGCAGAUACUGCGGUCCCGGCUGCGGGCCACGGAGGCUUUGGAAUCAGAAGAGUACGGGGAGCUGGAGGCCGAGCUGCAUGAUUUUAUCGGUCGCGUGGAAGACGAGCGCGAGUACGAGCACACGGGUCGCGCGUGCUUGCUGUCCGGCAUAGGCUCGCACGCGCAGCAGCGUGCGUCGACGAGGCAGGUGAGGAUUAAAGGGAGCGGGCGCGUUUUGCAGUCCGCUCGGAAGGGGACUGCAUAUGCCACUCCGGCAAUGGAGAAGAUGGUGAAGAUGUCGCGAGAGCAGCGGCAGGCGGCGCCACCGCCAAAGAGGAAGUCCAUGGGCAGCAGCCGGAAUGAGAAAGCGAAACGUACCAAAAAAGAUUAGUAUAUGCGCACGACUACUAUUUAGUGUAGUGUGUGGCAGCAGCUCGUUCCGAACUUUUUAUUCUGAAUACCGAAUUUCACAAUAGACCAGAUCUUUGCAAACAUAAUUUCUCUUUGAACUACUUCCGGAUCCGGAGGAAAGGAAUGGUAUAUUUUACUAGUAGCAUUUCGUGGCAGAGCUAAUAAGUUUUUAAAUCGGGACCUUUGGCCUUUUGCAACCUGAAAA